AUGGUCCGGAAGAGGAAGACGGACGCCGCGCCGCGGCUGGACGAGGCCGAUCGCACGCUCUACUCCACCUUCUGCGGCGCCGCCAACUCCCUCUCCCAGCUGUACACGCAGGCCAUGGCCCAGCAGAAGCUCUCCUUCCAGGCCGGCGAGCGCCACGCCUUAGAAAAGCUCUACCAAUGGAUCUUGAGGAAGCACGAUGAAGAGGCAAGGCUCACUGUAGCUGAAAUAAUGUCUCAUAUCCAGCAUGAGAUAGACUAUGGAGGUACUGAUGCACAUGUCUCCCCAAGAGUACAUCAGCAUCCUCAGAUUGCAAAUCCAUUCACCAAUUCAGUUGUCCCACCUGGAACUGGUUUGUAUGGGCAAUCAGCAGCUGGGUUUGCUCCUAGACCCAGCAUCACUGACCAGUCAAAGAAUACAAUAUUCUCUAAUGCCUUAUCAAGCCCAGUGCGCAGGAGUCUCCAGAACUAUCACAUCACUCAAGGUGCUGGCAAUGGAGGACGGAAUGCAGAAGCAAACUUAGCAGGGGCAAAUAGGGAGACGAAUUCUGCAAGCUCCAACGACACUUCUAUGGAUAUGGUUUCAGACAGCGCCGGGAAUGAAUUCUACUAG